GAGCCAAGGCUUUGACCGAGUGAAAAUAUCGGAGCAAGGAUCUAACAUGCAUAAUCCCCAAAUUGAGCACGUCGUCCAGCUGGGAGGAGCCCGCAUUCAGCUGCUAUUAGGAGGCAAUGUCUCUUCAGGUCCUCAGUUCAAACCCUUGCGGUGUGCACCUGUGUGUGUCUACACAGAUGGAACAGACGCUGCUUUGCAUGCAGAGGCUCUGAGCGUGGCUACCAGGGCCCGCCAAGCCACUCCACAAAGUUUCUCCAUGGUUUCUCCAUGCCAGCGAGGCUUAGGUGGGAUUGAGGCACCACACAGCCCAGUCUUGUCAGCUCUGGAGAUACGAAGUGUGGCUCUCCACAUCUGGGGAGACUCACAGUUGGAUGUUGCGCAAGGAGCAGCUGCGGUAGGAAUUGCUGCGUACAGCGAGCAGCCUGUCCAGAAGCAGACAUCUACUUGGUAGUCACAGAGCUGAGGGCAAGAGCAUCCUUGGGGAGGCAGAAGAAGAGUGUUUCCUUUUGUGGAGCAGCCAAACUCCUCAAGCACCAAGUCUGAAACAACAGGCUGUGAGCUGCGGGAGCUGGAGCCUCGGCCUGGUGGGUGGCGAGAGCAAGCUGAUCCUGCUGCAUGGUGAGACCCCGAGUACAGAACAGGGGCUCUGGAGCAGAGUCCCCACCUCCUUCGGGUGCUUAUGCAAUUUCUACAAAUAGUCAUUGAAUAAAAUGCAGAAAUAUGCCCUGGAACUAGAAAUGCAACCUGGGAUUUCCUUUUUCCAGAAGAAACGUUACCCCCCACAUCCAGCCCCAGCUUUUGUUCAUUCUCUCUGGCCCUUGAACUGCCAUGUUACUGACCCACUUCAUUUAAUUCUGGUGAAUAUUUCUGCCAAAACCACUCUGAGGAUUAUGCUUUGGGGAUACAGAAGCCUGAAAGACCUAAGAGGCUCAGGCCAAGCAAAGCCUGCAGUCCCCAUCUCCUGGUUCCCGAGUCUGUGCCCUGAAUAACCAGGGUAUCCCACGAGGAGAGAGGGACAGUGGCUCUCAUGCAGCUGUUAGCUCAGUAGUGUGCAAAGCACACAAGGUAUGAUCCAAGUGGCUCCUGAGUGCCACUGGGGCUACCUCCUGUUUUUUUCUCAAGGCUGUUGUACUUCUGAGCAUGCGUUGGAUCUGUGACCAAGGCCCAGAGGAACUUUGGAUCUCAGAAUGUACAAACCUAUAUGCAAAACUAUAUGGAUAGUGACAGGACAAGGGGGAAUGGUUUUAAACUAAAACUAGGGAAGUUUAGGUUGGAUAUUAGGAGGAAGUUUUUUACACAGAGGGUGGUGAAGCACUGGAACAGGUUGCCCAAGGAGGUUGUGGAUGCCCCAUCCCUGGAGGCAUUCAAGGCCAGGCUGGAUGUAGCUCUGGGCAGCCUGGUUUGGUGGCUGG